UGGUGGAGUUCAGGGGAGGCGGCUCACGGCAGGGGUGGCCCAGUGACCAGCAACCAUGACGGACCAGCAGGCUGAGGCCCGGUCCUACCUCAGCGAGGAGAUGAUCGCUGAGUUCAAGGCCGCCUUCGACAUGUUUGAUGCUGAUGGCGGUGGUGACAUCAGCGUCAAGGAGUUGGGCACAGUCAUGAGGAUGCUGGGCCAGACACCCACCAAAGAGGAGCUGGACGCCAUCAUCGAGGAGGUGGAUGAGGAUGGCAGCGGCACCAUCGACUUCGAGGAGUUCUUGGUCAUGAUGGUGCGCCAGAUGAAAGAGGACGCCAAGGGCAAGAGCGAGGAGGAGCUGGCCGAGUGCUUCCGCAUCUUCGACAGGAACGCAGACGGCUACAUCGACGCCGAGGAGCUGGCUGAGAUUUUCAGGGCCUCUGGGGAGCACGUGACGGACGAGGAGAUCGAAUCCCUGAUGAAGGACGGGGACAAGAACAACGAUGGCCGCAUUGACUUCGACGAGUUCCUGAAGAUGAUGGAGGGCGUGCAGUAAGGCUGGGGUCUCCGCCUCGGCCCCGCCGGCUCGUUCCCUGCCCCGCGCGGGGGGCGCGGCCCCUUCUGGCUCCGUGUCUGGAAGGAAUAAAAGCAAACGUUGCC